ACUAUAUGGAUAUGCCAACCUAUCCCAUUAGUCUUCAUCCUUUCCAUCUUCCCAACUGAAUAUCAAACACCCCCACACACACACAAACAAACAGGAAGAGAAAUGGUGAAGCCAUGGUUUACCCUAAUAUUAAGCUCAAUGUUACUCAUAGCCAUGUCUCUUGUCCAUGGCAUUGAUCAAGACCCUUUAGCCGUAGAAGAAUGGUUCAAAAACCUACCCACCAUGACCCAAAAGCAGACCCACCUUCACUUCUAUCUACACGACUUAGUCAGUGGCACCUCCCCCACCGCCAUGAGAGUCGCCCAAUCCACCAUCACCUCCACCUCUCCAACCGCGUUCGGGUUCCUCGCCAUGGCUGACGACAAGCUCACCACCGGACCUGAACCAAACUCUACUGUUGUCGGUCGAGCACAAGGCAUCUAUGGUUCGGCGUGUUUGGAGGAGUCUGGUUUACUGAUGACCAUGAACUUGGUGUUCACCGGAGGGGAUUACAAUGGUAGUACUCUUAGUUUGUUGGGGCGGAAUGCGGUGUUUCAUCCUUACCGUGAGAUGCCGAUUGUUGGUGGGUCUGGUGUUUUUAGGAUGGCGAGGGGUGUCGCCACCGCAAAAACUCAUGAUUUUAAUCUUACCUCCGGUGAUGCGGUUGUGGAAUAUAACGUCAUGGUUGUUCAUUAUUGAGUCUAAUUAAGCUCCUUGUAUUUGAUUCAUGUAUUUGUACUUGGUAAAUUAUUAAAAAUGGAUUAGUGACAGAAUCAAAACUCUUCCCUUA